CAUUUGAAGUACAUUUUAACCAAGUUACUGAAACAUAUUUAGAUAAAGAAGAAAAAUUAUUAAAUUCAAAUCAAAAAUGGCUUGUGGAUUCAAAAGGUGAGAUGGAUGGCUACUCAUUCAUGGAACUUGUACCGCCAGGUGAAGCUAUUAAAUUGCCUCAUGAAAAGACUAAAUUUAAUUCACUUGAAGAAUUAUCCAUAAAGAAGAGGUUAGUAGAUUCCUUUAGUGAUAAAGACAAUCUUUCACUGUUGGAUAAAGCAUUAUUAACUAAUAUGAUAAAUUAUAAAGAUAUUAAUUUUCCUUAUGGAUCAUUUAAAAAUACUUCAUACAGAAAAUUAUAUUCAUUACAUGCAUUAAACCAUAUUUUCAAAACAAGAGAUAGAAUUUUGAAGAAUGCGGCCAAACUUCAUAAUUAUAGAGAGUCUAUUAAAACUGGAUCAGGAUCAGGAUCGACUAAGAAUGGAGGAGAUUUACAAGAACCAGAAUUAAGAGAUCAAGGUUUUACAAGACCCAAGGUUUUAAUUUUACUUCCAACGAGACAAGCUUGUUAUGAAGUUGUAGAAUAUCUUAUUAAGUUUUCAGGUUCAGAACAACAAGAAAAUAAGAAAAAGUUUACUGGACAAUUUUAUGCUAAAGAACAACCACCAUCCAAUAAACCUGAAGAUUUCAUUGAUACUUUCAAAGGUAAUAAUAAUGAUUUCUUUUGUUUAGGGCUUAAAUUCACGAGAAAAUCCAUUAAAUUAUAUUCAUCCUUUUAUUCUUCUGAUAUUAUAAUAGCAUCACCAAUUGGUUUAUCGAUGAUUUUAGAAAAUCAAGAUAAGAAAAAGAGACAAUAUGAUUUCAUUUCAUCUAUUGAAGUUUUAAUAAUCGAUAAAGCAAAUCAAAUUGAAAUGCAAAACUGGGAUCACGUUCUGACAGUAUUAAAGUAUUUAAACAAAAUUCCAAAGGAUUUUCAUGAUGCAGAUUUCUCAAGAAUUAGAAUGUGGUCUAUUAAUGACCAAAGUAAGUUAUUGAGACAAAGUCUUAUAUUCAGCGAAUACUUGACUCCAAGUAUCAAUAACUUGACUACGAAAUCAUUGAAUUUAAGUGGGAAAAUUAAAUAUAAAUCAAUUAUCAAUUCUCAAAAUUGUAUAAUGAAUUCAAUUGGUAUUAAGAUUAAACAAAUAUUUCAAAGAUUUGAUAGUUCUAAUCCACUUGAAGAUCCCGAUUCAAGAUUCAAAUUCUUUAUCAAUUCAGUGUUACCUUCAUUAAUUAAAUCUUCCUCAUAUUCAGAUGGGAUCUUAAUUUAUAUUCCAUCAUAUUUUGAUUAUGUUAGAAUUAAAUCAUAUAUGAAAUCGAAUACCAAAUAUUUAUUUGAUGGAGUUGAUGAAUAUAGUUCACAAUCAAAAUUAACAAAAGUUAGACAAGAUUUUGCAAAUGGAAAGAUAAAGAUCUUGUUAUAUACCGAAAGAUUACACUACUUCAGGAGAUAUGAAUUAAACGGAGUUAAAACAAUAUUAAUUUAUCAAUUACCUUCAAAUCCUUUAUUUUAUAAGGAGUUAGUUAGAUUCUUGGGUAAAUCUAUCUUUAAAGAGAUAUGUGAUUUAAAUUUAGUUUUUGUUAAAACAAUAUUUUCAAAAUGGGAUGGUCAAUUAUUAGAAAGAGUAGUUGGAAAUGAUAGAGCCCCAGUUUUAGCAAAUUCCCCUAAUGAAUUAUACGAAUUUAGAUAAGUUUUAUAAACUGUAAUCGAAUAUACAUUAUUCUAUUAUUCACAAUAAAUGCUCAAUAUUGAUCUCGCUUUUCUGAUUCGUUCUAAAACCCAUACAGUUAAUUCAAUUUCCUCAACUACAAUAGUUG